UGCCGGCGGCGCAUGCGGGAGGCGGGGAUGGCUGGACAUGGCGCUGCCAGCGCCGCGCUACGGCGCUACUUGCUGCUGCUGGCGCAGGAGCACCUGGAGUUCCGCCUGCCGGAAAUAGCAUCAUUGCUCUCCCUUUGUGGUGGACAAUUCAGUGGCGAGCAGGAAAUUCGUGUAAAUUCUCCCUUUUGGAUUCUCAAUAUUCCCUCAGAAGAGAUGGCAAGGGGACUAAUGAAGCGGACAGUAUGUGCAAAGUCUAUAUUUGAACUGUGGGGCCAUGGAAAAUCUGCAGGGGAGCUCUAUGCAUCUUUGAAGAACUAUCCAACAGACAAGAUGCUUCCAUAUCUACAUUCAGACUCUACUUACAAAGUACACAUUCAUACAUUUAAUAAAACACUGACCCAAGCACAGAAAAUAAAAAAGAUUGAUGCCCUUGAAUUUCUGCCAUUCAGAGGAAAAGUAAAUUUAAAGAAUCCAGAACACAUAUUUUGGAUUUUGGAAGAUUAUGGAAUGAACCCAAACGAUGUUCCAGAAGAGCCUAUUCAUCUGUAUUUUGGUAGAUGGAUUGCAGAUGGCCAAAGAGAACUCAUUGAAUCCUACAGUGUAAAGAAGAGACACUUCAUUGGAAAUACAAGCAUGGAUGCCUGCCUCUCCUUCAUCAUGGCAAACCACGGGAGAGUAAAACCGAAUGACAUUGUAUAUGAUCCAUUUGUUGGAACAGGUGGCCUUCUAAUCUCCUCAGCACAUUUUGGGGCAUAUGUGUGUGGUACUGAUAUAGAUUACAACACAAUCCAUGGACUAGGCAAGGCAAGCAGAAAGAACCAGAAAUGGAGAGGGCCAGAUGAAAAUAUCAGAGCUAGUCUCCGACAGUAUGGUUUAGAGAAAUACUACCUUGAUGCACUUGUUGCUGAUUUUUCAAGACCAAUAUGGAGAAAAGGGAUAUUGUUUGAUGCAAUCAUUACAGACCCACCAUAUGGUAUCAGAGAAGCACCUCGCAGAAUGGGAUCACAAAAGGAAACAGUUAAAUCAGUUGAAAGAAGCACAGAAAAUCACUUCUUCGUUUCAUCCAGUUACCAUCUAAGUGAUAUCUUUUUUGACCUCUUGAAGUUUGGGGCAGAACAUCUGGUGAUGGGAGGAAGAUUGGUUUACUGGCUGCCUGUAUACAGACCUGAAUACACAGAAGAGAUUAUUCCCCGCCAUCCAUGCCUGAAACUUAUUAGCAACUGUGAGCAGCUGCUUUCCAGCCACACAUCAAGGCGCCUCAUAACCAUGGAAAAGGUGAAAGAAUUCAAGGAUCAAGAUGCGAACUCUUACUUGUUGGACGGUCAGUAUAUGCCAUACAGGGGACACAAUUCUUUCCGUGACAAGUAUUUCAGUGGUGUGACAAAGAGGAUUGCCAAGGAAGAAAAGGACAAUCAGAAGUAAAAUAUUAUAUAAACAGCUUAAAAAAAGAGAAGAUAAUGAAGACCAUAUUUCUUCGUAAGGACGUCUGGAUAUGAACAUUCAUUUGGAUGCUUCAGAAAAAUAAAUACUGCUUUUAAUUUUAAAACAAGAUGAAACCCACAACCCAGGUUGGGAGCAGUUCUUUUUAAUUAGCUUUGUUUAUAGCAGAUUUUAUUGUACAAGUUUUUUGAGUCUUAUUUAAUUUAUAUUUGUACUUUCAAGUACUAAUGAUGAUUGACUAAAACCAUUAUUAUUGUUCUUUCACCAUUAACGUUUACAAGAAAGUAGUAGUAUUAUUUGGCUUCUUAAACUGUGAACAUCUGGCUGUUUUAAAAACACGUGGUGAUGAUCAGGCAUUGCUGAUUAAGAAGAUCAUUUUCAUUUGUUUUGUUUUUUCUGUAAAUGGUGUACAAUAAACCAAGGUUGGCGUGAGUUUUUUUUU